GCGUAUCACUCCAUUAGUUGUUGACGGUUCAUAACAAGUUUUUUUCCUCGAAAUCGCAAAUUAUUUAGACUGUCGUUUAAGUGCAGGACAUUUAAAUAUUAGGCAAUAGUUUUCCUUAAUUGACAUAAUGGAGAAGCCAACAGUUACAGAACAACCACCUCCUUACUCUGCGUCUGUUCCACCAGGUCAGCCAAGUGGGCCAUACCCUCAACCGUCGCCACAGCCUGCAUAUCAAAGUCCUUAUCCUCCACCACCACCUGGAUACACACCAUACAAUGCUCCUUCUAACCAGCCUUACCUACCAAACUAUGGAGCCACAAACAUUAUCAUACCACCAGCUAUCAUAGCCGUUGGAGCCUGUCCUGCUUGCCGAGUUGGAAUAUUAGAAGAUGACUUCACUUGCCUUGGUAUACUCUGUGCAAUUUUGUUUUUCCCUCUCGGAAUUUUGUGCUGCCUUGCACUUAAGAAUAGAAGAUGUUCCAACUGUGGGGCCAUGUUUGGGUAGAAUGUUCAUAUAGUACUUGUAUACUGCAUUAGAAAGGAAGAUAAUAUUGGUCAAACAAAUUAAAUGUUGCAUUCCUUGUUCAUUCGUGGAAUAAAAAUAUCAACAAAUGUGAAUGAACUAAUUACGUCCAUUUAAAACAAGACUACAUGGUGAAUUUUUUAAAUAUCUGUAAUUUUGAGAUUGUUUAGAGAAACAUUCUGUUUUCUAAAACAAGUCUUGUUAACGAACAUAAGUAACAAUUAUAGAAAAAAACAAAGUUGUUAUUAACUGUAGUAAUUAAUCAUUUAUAAAAUCUUUCUUAUAUUUCAUAAGAAAGUUUUUAGUUGAAUUUGAGUGCAUAAUAUUUGAUAUAUAAAGUGCCUGGAUAACAAUUUAUCUGUUAUAGAUAGAUUUUUUAAAUGUUGCAUUCUAGUUUUUAAACAAAAUGAGUUUUUUGUUUGAAUGCAAGAAGAAUGUUUUUGUUUAACAUACUUUGGUUAAAAAACACUUAAAACUAUCAUACUAUAUAGACUAAGUAUGAAAAAUAUUCUCAUAAAAUCAAUGAAAAACCAUAUUGACAUGACUCAAUAUUGGCUGUUUCUAAAUUUUACAACAUAAUAUCACUUUAUGAUAUCAAUUACAUCUUCUCAAAGAUUUAUGUAUCAAUGAUAUAUUUUGUUUUAUAAUUGUUUCUGGUUUAUCAAAAAAUUACUAAGUUCGAUAUGCCUCUAGAAUUAUAAUACUAUUAAUAUGAAUAUAACAGCUAUACAAAAGUUUAAGCAGCUCUUAAAUUUGAGAUUAAAAAAAUUACAUCCUGAUAACAUUUCAUCUCCAUGCAUUUGGCCAAAGUCCUAACAAAAUAAUAGUUAUAUGUAUAACAAAACAAUGAAUAUUGAAUGGCACUGAAGACUAAUCACC